CUAGAACGACGGCGAGUAUGCGAUUCGCGCAUCGGCUUCGCCACGAACGAAAAGAGAGAAGAACCAGUCCCGUCUCUUUCGUUUGGAAGGUCGACGGGGAAGAAGAGGAGGCGAGCGCCCCACCGGCGACCAGCCCGCGACGACGCGGCCCGAGGAGGCCAGGAGAGGUGCUCCUGAGCUCCAGAUCGUCACCCCACCGCCAAGCCGUUGCGACCGCCGCUGCCGUAGCAUGAGGUGGCCGCCGCCGAUCUCGCUUCGCCGCCGCCCCUUCCUCCUCCCCGCCCUUCUCGUCGCCCUCUACUCGAUUCCUGGGACUUUUUCAUUGAGGUUUGUCACACUCGAUACUGUUGAGAUAUUUACUACUCAUGAAUGGUUUGGCAAGCCAACAGUGUAUUUCCAUUGCAAUGGAGAGAACAAGACAUAUUUGCCAGACGUGAAGGAGGCACACACACUGUACACCUUUAAGGGUGAAGAAUCAUGGCAGCCGUUAACAGAGCUUCCAGAAAAGAAAUGCAAGCGAUGUGGUUUGUAUGAAGAGGACACAUUUAAACCUGCUGAUGUGUUUGAUGAAUGGGAGAUGUGUUCCAGUGAUUUCAAGGAUGGAAAAUACACCCGCUUAAAGGAAAACCAGUUCAAUGCAACGUUCUUAUGCCCAAACUGCACUGCUUCUGCUGGUGUUCAUGGAAACCGUGAGCCUAGCUCCGAGGUGGAAACUAAUAAGGCAUCUGUUCUGGUGAUCAUCAUAGUUAGUGUUCUUGCUUCAGUCCUUGUCAUCAUUGCCUUGUUUUUGGGCUACAAGUACUGGCAGAAGAAGAAGAGGGAGCGAGACCAGGCUCGAUUCCUCAAGCUUUUUGAAGAGGGAGAUGACCUUGAAGAUGAACUGGGCCUUAGCAAUGAACUCUAAAUCAGCUCGUAGAGUACCUGCAGGCUACAGCCGAUAUUUUCAGAUGUAGAUCCCACGUUGUCAUGUAUAGAAUGCGUGAUUUUCACUUCGAAAUUUUGUAGGCUGUAGCAUACAUUAGUUUAAAGAAACCACUGACAAAACUAUGAUUCAGUUCGAUCAGUGUUUCUCCUGACCUCUUAGCUUUGCCACAGGGAGUAAAAUGGUAAAUCUUGCAACA